AUGAUAUGUCAGUUGAAGAAGCGGCAGAGUUCGCUAGAUGAGCUAUUUGUCAUGCAACAUUCCGAGAUGGAGCCAGUGGUGGAGUUGCUAGUGGUCUGCCCUCCCUCAUCUCUCGUGUUGUGUGUUUGUGUGCGCGUGCGUGCCUCUAUGAUUGAUUUGCACAUGACUUUGGAUUUGUCAUUAGUUUAUCACGUGGGACCGAAAGGAUGGAAGAAACUAUCAGGUGAUGACAUUGGAGAACUUCACUACAUGUAUUAUCCAGUUGAACCAACAAUAGUGGAACAGGAAAUGACUGAAUUGUCUGUGGCCUGA